AUGUCGGAGCCGUCUGACGAUGAUCUCAUGUAUGAUGAUUCCUAUCGAGAGUCAGACGUUGUCGCAGAAAAGGAUCGAAAGAAGAGUUACGAGGUGGAAUUCAUAGUUCAUCCUAUUCAAGGUAUCGUUAAAAAGCAGGAUGAAGAGGUCGUUCAUGUGUCCAGCAUUCUUGGCAUUCAAAAGCAACAUGCAGCAACUUUGCUCCGACAUUUUCGUUGGAACAAGGAAAGACUUAUCGAACGUUACAUGGACAACUCGGACGAUGUCUUGAAAAAAGCCGGUGUGAUAACCGACGAUUCUAGGGUGCCCAAAUUUGUGAGGGUGCCUGGUUUCGUGUGCGAAAUUUGCUGCGAUGAUGACAACGAUUUGGAAACCUUGGCCCUGUCGUGUGGUCACAGGUUUUGUCGCAAUUGUUACGAACAUUACUUGACACAGAAGAUCAAAGAGGAAGGGGAGAGCCGCAGGAUAUUAUGCAUGGCUAACAAUUGUAAUGUGAUUGUUGAUGAAUCGACCGUUGAACUGGCGGUCAAUAAGGACAUACACGAGAGAUAUCGCACUCUGCUGAAUCGAACCUAUGUGGACGAUAACGAAUACUUAAGAUGGUGUCCGGCGCCUAGUUGUGAAUAUGCGGUCGAAUGUCAUGUUCCACAGACCUCUCUCACAAGUAUCGUGCCAACCGUCGAAUGCGUUUGUUCUCAUCGAUUUUGCUUCGGUUGCGGAUUACCGGAUCAUCAACCGUCCAUCUGCAUGCUGGUGAAAAAGUGGAUUAAAAAAUGUGAAGACGACUCCGAAACAGCCAAUUGGAUUUCGGCGCAUACAAAGGAAUGUGGGAAAUGUCAUUCGACCAUUGAAAAGAAUGAACAUGGAACCAGUUGGUACAAUUGUAAUCGAUAUGACGAAAAGAGUAGUCAAGAUGCCAGGGAUCAGCAAGCCAAAUCCCGUGCGUCCUUGGAACGAUACCUCCAUUAUUAUAAUCGGUUCGCUAAUCAUGAACAAUCGGCCAAGCUUGAUCGUGAACUCUAUAAUAAGACCGAAAAGAAAAUGGAGGAAAUGCAACAGACCUCUGAUCUGUCUUGGAUCGAGGUUCAAUUCCUCAAGAAGGCCGUGGACAUCCUUGUCCAAUGCCGUAUGACCCUAAAGUGGACGUACGCCUUCGCAUUCUACCUCGCUCGCAACAAUCAGACCGAAAUUUUUGAGGACAAUCAACGAGAUCUCGAGAUGGCUGUUGAGCUUCUUUCCGAGUUGUUGGAGAAACCCAUUGAGGCCGAGAAGAUUGCCGAAUUGAAACAACAGGUCUUAGAUAAGACGGUGUAUGUGGCUAGUCGAAGGGAGGUGGUGUUGGAGGAUACUGCAAAGGGAUUGCUUGAAGGACGUUGGGAAUUUCAGGUAGAUAUUAAAAAUUGA